GAAGGGUGCGACGGGAGAGGAACUGAAAUUCAUAAGCGAGAAAAUCAUGGGUACUUAACAACUCACGAAUCGUUGUUUGAUUUCUCGAGUUGUUUUGAUCCUCGUGAGAUCCGCCGGGACUCGGAAUCGGCCUUUCCCGAUUGAGUCUGUUCCGGAGACGACCGAAGCUGAAAUAAUCAGAUAAGAUGAGUCACAAUGAAUUACUUGCUCACCGCUCCGCGGGCAUAAAGUCCCCUCCCCAAUAAAACAAUAAAACCACUCAACGAGGUUACCAUUCCCUCGCUCCCUUACCACCCUUUAGACCAUGUCUUCAGCAGCAUCGUCAGCAACAGACAUCCCCACUGUUUGCGUCUUGGGUGCUUCGUAUGGAGGCCACCGAGCUGUCCAAGUCCUCGCUAAUAGUCUUCCUCAUGGUUGGAGAAUUGUUGUCAUCGAGCGUAACACGCAUUGCAAUCACCUAUACGUCUUCCCCCGUAUAGCCGUCAUACCAGGGCACGAACAUAAAGCUUUCAUACCCUACACCAACAUCUUCAAAACAUCCCCAACACUCACCACUCCACAAACUCCACUGGCCGAUCCGUCUUCACACGUCCUCAUCCACGGUCACGUUACGGCGGUCCACCCCCACUCCGUUCGAUACAUCUCCCUCGACCAAGGCGCUUCGUUAGAGGAGCGUCAAGUCAGAUUCAAUUAUUUAAUCUAUGCACUAGGAAGCCAUUUACCAGCACCCAUCAAUAUUUGGAGCGAAGAACCUCUGAAGAACAUAGAAGAAGACGGACAACCCUACGUCCUAAAUGCAGCUUCCAUUCUCCAACAUGGUACCAAGCCCGAAGGCCUUUUAUGGUUACGUUCUGCGCAGGAAAGAGUGAAGAAUAGUGAAAGUGUAUUGGUGAUCGGAGGAGGUGCAUUAGGUGUACAGUUCGCGACAGAUAUCAAAGGAUUUUACGGAGAAGGGAAGGAAGUGACGCUUGUCCAUUCCGGAGACAGAUUGUUGCCUAGAUUUGACAAGUGGAUGCAUGAACAAAUUAUUGUUCAGUUGGAACGGCUUGGUGUCAAAGUUUUGUUGUCCUCUAGGGUGGAUCUGUCGAGCAAGACGGAACGGACGCUGAGGACCUGUGAUGGACGAUUGAUCAGUGCAGAGUUGAUCCUCCUUUGCACCGGUCAGAAACCAAACACCUCCCUCCUCUCCAAGAUAGCCCCCCACAGCAUUAACCCUAGAACAGGUCUUGUUACUGUACUCCGCUCGAUGCAAAUCGGCUACUUUGAGCGACCCACUCCCCCUCCUAUUCACCUCUCUUCGCCGUAUCCGCAUAUAUUCGUUAUAGGUGACGCCGCCGAUGCAUUUGGGGCGCUCAAUGCGGGCCAUACAGCUUGGACUCAGGCGGAGGUCGCUAGUAGGAAUGUGAUAAGCAUGAUUGAAAGCGAAACUGAAGACAGAGAACUUCCCGAACUUGAACACUACAUAGCCCCGCCACCCAGUAUCAAGAUUAGUAUUGGACUUGACAAAGCAAUUUAUCAAUCUAAAGGCAAUGUUGGAUUCAAGGGGCCUGAGGAGUGUCCCAUUGAUUUAAACGCGGGGGGGAUGUGGAAGAGGAGGGGGUUGGGGACGGAUGAUAUGACGAUUUGAGUCACUAUUCUGGUGAUCUCAGUUCGGGCCGUGGUGAAGCAGCCUCCGUCUGAAAAGGUGAUAACUUAUUUUGCUUUCUUGCUACAUACAUUACUUGCUUUCAACCUGCAAAGCACAAACUACCAUCCAUUUGCUCUUAGAGCACGUAGAUCGUGUUAGGAUGUUAG